AUGCCAGAACCAACACCGAAUGGCAUUCACGGUGCAAUUGCACCUUCAACCUCAACCUCCACACCCCUGGAGCUCCUAAAAGCAGUCAAAGAAGUCCAAGAACGCCGUAUUAGCGUCUGGAGAGAAUACGACGAUGCCUUUGAUACUUUCCUCAAUCCUUCGUCUUCAUCCUCUGCUGGUCCUGUGAAUGGGUCGCUCAACACCAACUCACACCCUACCCACACUGCCGAAGUUGAAUCCGAAACGGCGCCAAACGGCAACGGCCGCGGCUGCUCAGGAUGCAGCACAACCACCGUCCCUCUCUCUGAAGACCUCCUCGCACAGAUCCUCCAGAUCACUGCACAAGCACUUAUAGAAUGCGGGCAUCGUCUUCGAGCCAUUCAAACGGAACUAUCCCACUGUACCUCGCCAAAUCUCGCAACACUUGCAGACAAGAUUCAGACGAAAGAAAACGCUUUACUGCGGAGUGUUGUUCAGCGCGAUCAGCUCAGAAAGACAACUUUGAUGCCGUCACAAGAGGCAAGCGAUGGGGGAAGGGAUGAAGCAGAAGCAAAGGAACGGAUAGCGGAGCUAAACAACCAGGUCAAGGAGACAAGAGGAGAGAUCCAGGAACUGAUGCAAGAGGUUUAUGCUGAGAGUCUCGAAUUGCAGCUUGCCGAAGAAUGA